AUGAUUGUGUUUACAUUCAGUGGGAGCAAUUCUCUAGCAGGAAUGGAGGCUCCUCUGUUUGCCCUUGGAAUUACUCAUAUCUUGACUUUAUUCUCGGCUCCUGAUUAUGCUCAAAUCAAACGUGAAGUCCAACAUGUUUUUCUCCUAUUUCUAGGUGUAGCUAGCACUCCUUCCAAUUCCUGUAUAUCUAUUUUAGAACUAUUACCUUACCUUGAUGGGGGAGCGUCUCACUUCCCAUGCUCGCUUAUCUAUUUAGUGUUUGUGUUUGUGAUGAAACAGUUUUUGUAUGCUUUGAUGAAAUUCUUGACCCCGCAACAACUAUGUGAGUUUGCCUGGGGCAUUUGCAAUAGCAACCAGCCAUUUCUUUGGAUGAUUACACCAGAUUUCGCCAAGGGCCAAUUGGCAACUCUGCCACUUGAGUUCUUGGAAAAGACUAAAGAAAUGGGUCUGAUAGCCACAUGGUGCCCCCAGGAGCAAGUUCUUGCCCACCCUUCAGUGGGAGUGUUCGUGAGUCAUUUUGGGACUAGCUCAAUGCUUGAGAGCAUUUGUGCUGGAGUGCCUAUGAUUGGUUGGCCGUAUUUUGGUCAUGACCAUCAAGUGACCUGUCGGUACAGCUGUAACCGAUGGGUUAUCGGGAUGAAGAUCAACGAGGAUAUAGAGAGGGAAGAAGUGGAAAGCCUAGUUCGCGAGUUGAUGGAGGGAGCCGAGGGUAAAGCAAUGAAGAGGAAGGCGAUGGAGUGGAAGAAACAAGCAGUUGAGGCCACCAGUAAAGGUGGGUCAUCGGUGAAAUUUUUCAACAACCUUUUGAAGGCAUUAUCAAGAUCACAAAACUUCAUGGGUCAUCAGAUUCUCAGCUCCUUAUAA